UAAAGCUAAAGCGCUACGUGCGCGGGGAAAAUCUUUUCCAUGUUGUCACUGCUCACGGCGACACCGCGCGCACACUCGCUGACAUCCCAGUCGCGACUACUAUAGCCAGAGAGGAGAUCGAUACGUUGAUUAUUAUCAGUAAACAGCAGCGUUCAAAACAGACUAACCUGCGGCAACAGAGAAACGAAGACAGGAGUUUUUACUGGAGCAGCAGAACAUCUGAAUAAGGACUCAGAAACUAUAUAAACCGUAACAACAUUUGAUCGUGUUCUACUGUAUUCUGCAUCAGUUCUCCCCUGAGCUUCAUGGGUGUGAAGGUCCUGCAGUGCUUUCCCUGGUACAGGCGCUGCAAAGAGAGGAACAAGGGGAGACAGAGCCUCCCGGAGGCAGCACCCGUCAGGGAGACGAAGCCCCGCCUGUCCUCCUCGGCCUCCUGGGGGAGCGAGGGGGAGGUCGGCAGCGGCACGGGCGUGUACUUCUCCCAGAAGGCCCGGGUCUCGUUCAGGCACCAGAUGGACAGCAACAUCAACGCCAUCGACGCCACCUACUGACCCCGCCCCCCCCCGCGCAACCCACCCCGGGCCCCCCUCGGCCCCACCCAAAAUGACAUUUCAUUAACCGCCAGGAGAUAGUUGGGGGGGGCAAAGCAAGAAGUAGUGUUUACAUCAUUACCAACAAGUGCAUUCUUUUCUCCUUAUUCGUUUCUUUUUUAUUUAUCUUUUCUGACUUUUGUGUCUCAAGUUUGGCUGCGAGCUAAUGCUGUCUUUUUUUUAAAUACAGAGAUCUGGGAGCUUAUAAUACCCGUUUGACCUGUUCUGUCAACAAAACAUCAUUUUAAAUUACAUUUCACCUUCUAGGAGGUAAACAACCAUACCUGAAAAAAAAAAAAAAAAAAAAAAACCUAAUCUUAAAUCUGUGCAUUAGGUGUCUGUACACGAGGACAUUUACAUAAUCGUGCAGAGGUGCAUGCAAGACGAAAACACCUUCUUUGGCCCAAUUUCACCUUCACGGCUUUUUGAUGCAGGCAGUGACUGAACUGAAGAACAGGCACAGAGGACGGGUAGAACAGGGUAUUUUAUCGCCCAAACCGAUGUUUGGACCCGUUCUUCUCAAGGGUUCCUAAACUCAAUCCACUGAAAGGGUUGCAAUAAAUCAUUUAACCUCCUUUAUGAUCCAGUCGUCAGAAUCAUGGCCGUGAUUCAAGUGCUGUUUAAUAUGCGUACAUUUAUUUUUGUAGCUAGGCUCGUAGCUAAGGGGACGUAAAUGCUAAAGGGCUAACAAGCUUCUGCAAACAUUUCUUUUCUUUUCUUUUUUUUAAGCACCUGGUCAAUGCAAUGUGUACUGAAGCAACGUUUUACAAAGCUGUUUCACUUAACAGUAGUGUUAGCUAUUUUGGUCCAAGUGAACUUCACUUAACUUUUGGCUCCAUUAACAAUCUAUUGCACUCCAUUCUGAUAAUGGAGAUUCAUUUGGUCAGAAAUAAUUUGGAAGAGCAUCUUAAUCUUUUACACCAGCAAGGAUGGUUAAAAUCCCUAUGAACCAUACCCCCCAAAAAAACAAAAUAAAACUGACCACCUGAUUGUGUUACAAUGCCAAUAGCCUAAUAAAAUGGACUCGAAAAUUAAGCUGAGUAGUGAGAAAAAUGUAUAUUUUUAUAAAGCGCAUUCUAAAAUGUUUUAUCAACCGGAAAUACUCCUGAAUUGUUACUGGCCACUCUCAUUGUAAAUACUUUUUGUGUUGUAAUGUAACGAUAAAAUGUGCUAACCAAACAAUAAUAAAACAAUGCUGAAGGAGUCA